AUGGCGGAAUCCACUGCCGAAGCAAGCUUUCCGAUGGGUCCUCCCACCGGCCCUCUCGCUGCCCCUGUUACGGAACCUCUGAUUGUGUUCGUUGCUCGUGGCGCCCCCACUCCCACGUACGUCGAGCUCGGCCAGCUGAAGUACUACCUUCGUCCCGCCCUGCUAGAGCUCAAAGAGUGGUUUGAGAGAAAGUAUGGAAAGCUGGAGGAGCAUCCCUACUGCUACUGCCCGUUGAUUCAUAAAUCUGUCACCGCUCUUGAUCCUGAUUGCGACUCUGUCCAGUCCCUGACCGACAUACUCGUGUAUGGACGAACCUACGCCCGCGAAAUCGUCUUUGUCUUUUCCCACUGGGACUCUAUCACUAGUGAUACGUCGACCUUUGCCAACAUCUUCAAGGAUUUCACAGACGUCAAGGUGACUAUUCGCGUCUUCGGCGUGCUCUCAGCUGAUCACGAUCGCGAAUUCCAUUCAUUCGACGCCCACAAAGUCAGCGCUCACUACCAAGGCUUGAUCAAACUGGGAGAACAGGUUGCUAUUGAUGAUGCACUACGUUUUGUGGUCAGACUCGAAGAAGUCCGCAUAGUCAGAUUGGAAGUGGAGCAGUCGAUGCGCUUGAUGGUGCGAUACACGGGUGUUCCCGAGGUAGAGAUGUAUCGGAGAAUGAUGUGGAUGUUUUGA